AAUGCUUUGAAAAGCUGCAGCCGCCAUGUUUUUUCCUCCUGUUGUCAACAAAAACAUUUUGAUGGUGGAGUUGAUGUGAAAGUUGGCUCAGAAAACUGAUCUUUUUAUCGAAUUUCUUCAAUUUAAACUCAGGAGCAAACAAGAAGAAGUCGUCUUUGCCUCUGUGGUUCGCCGUCCUCCAAGUCAAUCGCCAUGGACUUGUCCGACGUGCUCCGGUGCGACCCGCAGUCCGUCGACCCCUUUUACGUGAGCCAGGAGAAUUUCUUCGACCACCUUUUCUGCGUCCUGCGCCGCCUGGAGAUCUUCUUUGACUCGUUCUUGGUGCUCAACAACCACGAAAUCGUGUCGUCGAACCACUUUGUCCUGUCGGCGCUGAGCAAGGUGGCGCAGGCGUUGCCCAAGGGUCGCCGGACGGGCUCGUACUUUGUGGUGCGCGACGCCGAGUCGUGGACCGUGCGCUGGCUCGUCGACUACUUUUACUCGGGCAAACUCACGCUGCCCCGCAACACUUUCGAGAGCAUGAACAAGGUCUUGGCCAGCCUCGAGGUGGAGCUGCUCGGCGACUUCUUCGAGUCCGAGGAACUGCUGCACUUUUCCAUGAACCAGCAGCAAAAGUGCGAGGUGCUGAACACAAUUUGGGCCUCCAGACACAAAACGUACGACGUGAAAAUCAUCACGAGGGAUGAAAAUGAGGUGUUUGCGCACUGGGCCAUUCUGGCUGCUUCCAGUGAGGAGCUUUACACUUUAUUCCAGGCGCCGCUGUCAGUAAGGCCGAGCCUGGUGGCCCUCCUGGAGUUUGAAGCCGCAGACGUGGAGCUCCUUUUGCAAUUCUGCUACAAGGGCGAAGUGCAAAUCCCGAGGGCGCGCGCCACCAACCUUUGCCGGCUGGCCAAGAUGUUUGGCAUCAAAGAUCUGUUCAACACCAUCGCCGAACUCGGCUACCACCGAGAGCGGCAACCGGUCGUCAAACAAGGAACGACGCGACUUUCCUGCUACGAGCACAAGGACACUUCAAAAAGACUGCUUUUUAAGUCGCUCUUCGACAGAGAAACUCUCUCGGAUCUGCAACUCAUUAGCAACGAUCACACUUUCAAGGUCCACAGUGCAAUACUCAGCGUCAGUCCGUACUUCCAGCCAAUUUUCAAUCAGCCCGAUUGGCGUCACUGCCUGAUUUUCCUGUCAAGUUUUGCCCUCGAAUCAGUCCAAGCUUUCGUCGAUCUCGUCUACUACGGAGAGGUGAUUUACCAGGGUGGAGUUCAGGACUUCAUCUCCGUGAUGGAGGGUCUCAUCGACUUUACCCUUCUGCCGAUAAACUCUGUCGAAAAUUUGGAGCCGCCUAUCAACACUUUGGAGAAAGUUCCUCAGCCAAAAGCAAACUCGGAACCUCCUGCUUUGGCGCCAGUUGACGUAACCCACGAAAGUUCCAAGCUGCUCACCUACCAGUGCGAAUUUUGCCCGAACGUUUUCUACAGCAGGAAGCGCCUCAAGAAUCACCUGAGCAACGACCACCCACUGUCCAAACUGAAAUGUGAACAGUGCGGAUUACUUUUCGACACCCAGACUGACUUGAAAACCCACUUGAAAGAGGCCAAGCAUCGAGCCGGCAGCCUCAACCCUUUCUUUUGUCCCACCUGCGGGAAGUCCUUUUCACUUUCUUGCUCUCUCCGGAAGCACAUGAGACUGCACGAUUCGAGUCUGCCCUUGUUCGAAUGUGAUAUUUGCCAGAGGACCUGCUCACGAAAAGACUAUUUGGAGGAGCACAUGAGAACUCACACUGGCAAGAAGCCCUACAAAUGCUCAUUUUGUGGCAAAAGGUUUGUUGGGAAGACGGGACUGAAUCAUCACAAGAAAACGCACGGUCCACCGAGAAAGGAGUCGGUCUGCGAGGUUUGCGGGAAGGAAUUCACAAGGAAGGCCCUUUGGACGCACAUGAAAAUACACAACAAGCAACUCCGGUGUUCCGAGUGCGGACAGCUCUUCGCCACCAGUGGAACCUUGAAGAAUCACAUAGCACGGAAGCACUUCAACACAAAGCAGCACAUCUGCGACAUUUGCCAGAGGGCCUUCAGCGUCAAGGGAGAGUUGAAGAGACACAAGAAGCUGGUCCAUGAAGAUGUCAACAAGGAGCAACUUGAAUGCAAACAGUGCCUUAAAAAAUUCUUCCGCAGCAGUUCAUUGAAAUACCAUGAAAGGUGCCACUCGGAGAACCCUUCGAAUGGUUGUCACUUGUGCCCUAAAACAUUUUCCAGCAGCAAAGCCCUCAGCGAGCACCUUCAGAGCCACGCUUCGGACAAGCCUUACUUCUGCAGUCAGUGCAACGCGAAUUUCCGCUGCAAGAGUUCCCUCAACAGACACAGCAACAAAAAGCACAGGGAUAAGAAGCCUUCCCAGUCUGAGCAGCAACACAUUUCGGACCAACUGUUUGUAGCAGAGGAACAACAGCCCAUCUCAGUUGCACUCUCUGACCAGCAACAAUUUAACAUUCAAAUUUUUAUUCCGUCCAGUGACCAGCCAUAGUUGUGAAUAUUAAUAAAACA